AUGGCUCCUGCAAAGAAAGGUGGAGAGAAAAAGAAGGGACAUUCAGCCAUCAAUGAAGUGGUGACCAGAGAAUACACAACUAGCAUUCACAAGCAGAUUCAUGGAGUAAGCUUCAAAAAGCGAGCUCCUUGGGCUCUCAAGGAAAUCUGCAAAUUUGCCAUGGAAGAAAUAGGAACUCCACAUGUAUGCAUUGACACCAGACUCAACAAAGCUGUUUGGGCCAAAGGAAUAAGGAAUGUCCCAUACCAUAUCCAUGUUCAUUUGCCCAGGAAAUGCAAUGAGGAUGAAGAUUCACCAAACAAGUUGUAA